GUCCGCCGGCGACCCUCCCUGCCCCGGGUGCGUUCCCUGCCCCGCCGCCGCCGCGGGAGGGGGGCGUCGGCCACGCCCUGCGAAGUGAGUAGCGCUCGGCCGCCCCCGGCCGCCCGCAGACACAGACCCUCCGCCGCGCCGGCGCCUCGGCCGCCCGCCCGCCCGGUCAGCGCAGCCAGGCCUCGCCGCCCCGGCCCCCGCUCCCGGCGUGCACCGCGGCGAGCGCUCGGGUGGGAGCCGGCGGGAUGCGCUCGGCGGGCGGCGCCCACUGACCUCCCUCGGCGGCCCGGCCGGGGCAGGGCCGGAGCCGGGAGCCAGCCCCGCCCGCCGCCGCGCCCCGCCCAUGGGCCGCCGGCCCCCGCUGCCGCCCGCCUGGAGGACCGCGCCGAGGGCGGGAGCCGCCUGAAGGACCGCGACGGCCGCGCCCGCAGGUCAUCUGGAUGUCAGCAUGGCAGCCACGAACCUGGAGAACCAGCUGCACAGCGCGCAGAAGAACCUCUUGUUCCUCCAGCGGGAGCACGCCAGCACGCUCAAGGGGCUGCACGCUGAGAUCAGGAGGCUGCAGCAGCACUGCACAGAUUUAACAUAUGAGCUGACACUCAAAAGUUCGGAACAGACAGGAGACAGCUCUUCUAGAAGCAGCGAGCUCAAGAAAAGAUGCGAAGAACUGGAAGCUCAGCUGAAAGCCAAGGAGGACGAAAACAACGAGCUGUUGAAGGAGCUGGAGCGGAAGAACGCGAUGAUCGCGGUGCUGGAGAACACGGUCAAGGAGCGGGAGAAGAAGUACCUGGAGGAGCUGAAGGUGAAGAGCCACAAGCUGAGCAUGCUGUCCGGCGAGCUGGAGCAGCGCGCCGGCACCAUCGCCUACCUGACCGCCCAGCUGCACGCCGCCAAGAGGAAGCUCCUGAGCUCCAGCGGCCCCUCCGACGGCAGCCCGUCCGGGAGCCCCGUGCUGGCCAGCUACAAGCCAGCCCCGCCCAAAGACAAGCUGCCCGAAACGCCCCGCCGCCGCAUGAAAAAGAGCCUCUCUGCCCCCCUGCACCCGGAGUUCGAAGAGGUCUACAGGUUUGGGGCCGAGAGCCGGAAACUACUUUUGCGGGAGCCCGUGGAUGCCAUGCCUGACCCCACCCCGUUCCUGCUGGCCCGGGAGUCAGCCGAGGUCCACCUCAUCAAGGAGAGGCCCCUGGUGAUCCCCCCCAUUGCUUCUGAGCGCAGCUCGAGCGAGCAGCACAGCCCGGCCCGCGAGAAGCAGCACAAGGCCCACGUGGGGGUGGCCCACCGCAUCCAGCACGCCGCCCCGCAGGCCCCGCCCGAGGUGGAGACACUGGCGGUCGACCAGGUGAGCGGAGGCAAGGUGGUGAGGAAGCACUCAGGGACGGACAGAACUGUGUGAAGCCCGCUGGCCCUCCAUCCUCGGCUGUCGCCGCACUGUGAUCACUACCAGGAAAAACUCACCCACACCUUUCUUUUUUGUUUUUAAUUCCCAUGCAUGCCAAAUUGUUUUCAGACCUGUCAACAGAUUGUUCUCCUCCUGCUCCUCUUGCCCUCUUCCUGACACCAACAUGUGAUCGUGUCCCUGCUGCAGAAUACGCAUCUACUGACCGCUGUGGCCCAACACCUGUGCGCCGCGCCACUUGCUUCCGGUCCCAGCCCGUGCAGUCCGAGCGCUCCUGGACAGAGCACAGGCCGCAGGCCGCCUCACUGCUCCAUGUCAAUG